CACUCACCUCCACACUCCCAAAGAGGAGUAACACAAACCACUAGCUCCUAUCACAAACUUUGGCACAGCUGCCAGAAACGCCGGAGAACGGGCCUCUCCGUGGAUCUGGGGAUUUUACCAUUACAGCUCCGACCUCGUCUACCAACCUUCUGACUUCGAAGGCUCUGCAGCGCGAGCAGGCAGGUCCCGUUUUGGGACGUGAGACUCUGGGGUCCUAAAGACCUCAGCUCUGGGGGAGAGGAUGAGUCGAGAGGGCCUCCAUGUGGUUGUGACCACCCUGCUGUCGGGGCUUCUUCUGGUGGUGGCCCUGGCCCUGCUCUGCUACUUCACAUGCAGGCUGGCCCCCAGGGUGCUCCCCCUGGGGGGGCCCAUGCACUUCUGAUAGCCUCUCAAAUACAGCCCACACACAGACCGGUGGACCGGGUCUGACGCACGCGGAUUAACGGUUUGAGACGGCGUGGCAGGUGAGGGUUACCCUGGGUAACACUGGUAACACACAGACACAACGCGAUGAAGGUGAAUGUCUGGCUUCUCUUCUGCUGUGGCCUAGUCUGUGGAGGCCCGAUCAAGCCAAAGUUCCCUGACCAGGAGAAAGAUCCAGUCUUCUGGAACAACUGGGCUCAGAAAACCCUAAAGAAUGCCCUCACCCUACAGACGCUCAACCAGCAAAUGGCAAAGAACCUCAUCCUCUUCCUCGGCGAUGGAAUGGGCAUUGCCACAGUAACAGCAGCGAGGAUCCUGAAGGGCCAGUUGAGUGGGAAGAGUGGAGAGGAGACCCAGCUGGAGAUGGAUAAGUUCCCCUACGUGGCCCUGUCCAAGACAUACAACACCAAUGCCCAGGUGCCGGACAGCGCGGGCACCGCCACAGCAUACCUGUGUGGGGUGAAGGCCAACGAGGGCACAGUGGGGGUGAGCGCAGCAGCGGUGAGGGCUCAGUGUAACACCACCCAGGGCAACGAGGUCACCUCCAUCCUCCGCUGGGCCAAAGACGCAGGCAAGUCUGUGGGCAUCGUCACAACAACGCGGGUCAACCAUGCCACGCCCAGCGCAGCCUAUGCCCACUGCGUGGACAGGGAGUGGUUCUCCGACAACGAGAUGCCAGUCGAGGCUGUGGAGGCCGGGUGCAAGGACAUCGCCAGGCAGCUGUUCGAGAACAUCCCCAACAUUGAUGUGAUCAUGGGAGGAGGGAGGAAGUACAUGUUCCCCAAAAACAUGUCGGAUGUGGAGUACCCUGGAGACAAGAAGCAGACUGGGACUCGUAAGGACGGCAGGAACCUGGUCCAGGAGUGGACCAACCGCAUGAAAGACAAGAACGGCCAAUAUGUAUGGAACAAACGUCAACUCCUGUCACUGAAUCCUAACAAUGUAGAUCAUAUUUUGGGUCUGUUUGAGCCGGGAGACCUGUCCUACGAGCUGGAGAGGAACCAGGACACAGACCCCUCCCUGACGGAGAUGGUGGAGGUGGCCAUUAAGAUCCUGAAGAGGAACCCUAGAGGCUUCUAUCUGCUGGUGGAGGGCGGGCGCAUCGACCACGGGCACCACGAGGGCAAAGCCAAGCAGGCGCUUUACGAAGCGGUGGAGAUGGACCGUGCCAUCGGCAUGGCCGGCCUCAUGACCAGCAUCCACGACACCAUGACCGUCGUCACGGCGGACCACUCGCACGUCUUCACCUUUGGAGGGUACACGCAGAGAGGCAGCUCCAUAUUUGGCCUGGCCCCCAUGGUGAGUGAUUUGGACCAGAUGCCCUUCACCUCCAUCCUGUACGGUAAUGGACCAGGCUUUAAGAUCACCAGCGGAGCCCGGGAGAACGUGUCCACGGUGGACUACGAGCACAACGACUACCAGGCCCAGUCAGCAGUCCCCCUGCGGUACGAGACCCACGGUGGGGAGGACGUGGCCGUGUUCACCAAGGGUCCCAUGGCCCACCUGCUCCACGGGGUCCACGAGCAGAACUACAUCCCCCACGUCAUGGCCUACGCCGCCUGCAUCGGCCAGAACCGAGACCACUGUCUGUCAAAGAACAGAGCCAGCAGCCCCACCCUGAGCCUGGUCCUGCCCAGCCUGGCAGCCCUCCUCACAGUCGCACACCUGCUGUGCUGACCAUAAGCCCUCCCCCCCGCCCCACCCCCCUUACACCCCAAGCCCACUCUCCUCCUCCACCCCUAACCCCCCCCCCCCCCCCCCCCGCACACACUGCCCUCCUCCACCUCUACCAUCCUACAUCAACUCAAAUAUAUGUAGUACACUUUUAUCCUCCCUUCUAUGUUCAAAUAUUAAAUAUGUGUCUUUUUUUAACAAAUUCUGUACAGUUUUGGAGCUUGGGACCACUUGGGAAUUUCAAUGUUAGUGUUUGUCAAAAACACAUCUUUUUUAGUGACCUAUCACAUAGUUUCUUUUAUGAGAUUUUUCAUUAUAAAAUCCAUCCUCCUGAAUCCUAAAUGAAGGUUGCUUUUGGCACUCUAGACGUGAGGUUUUAACAGAUGUGUGUCGACACAGAUAAACAUUAGAGAUUUAAAGAUCACUAAGUAAACUGUAAUUCACUCGUGAUUACCUAGUUACACUUAUGAUUUGAUGUGGAUUCUUUAUAAGCCCCUCCUUAGAGAUCUAUAAUGGCAAUGUAACAGAAUCUACCUCAUUCUCCUCCAUGGAAUCCCUAAAUAAGCUUCUGGUGUCAUCACAAAAUAACAAAAUAUGUUACAAAACAAAAGCUAUUUGAAUGUAUUUUGAAAAAAUUAUACUUUUAAAGUUUUUUUUAGUGUUUUGUGUUCUAUGUACAUACUCCCCAGAUGCAGCAAGCAAACACAACCAGAAAACAAACAUAAACAUCACUAUGACUGUAAACCGAUGUUGUAAUCAUAUUCCUUUGCCAAUAAAAUAAUGAAGAUUUCUU